AUGCUCGAUCAACUCAUUGGCCUCGCGAUGCUCGUCGCUGCUUCAGUCGUCUUCCUUUACUACACUAUUUGGACUCUUCUUAUGCCAUUCGUCGACUCUGAUCAUCCUCUUCAGAAUGUAUUCCCUCCUCGAGUCUGGGCAAUUAGAAUACCUGUUAUCCUUAUCCUAUUGGCAUCGGCUGUAGUUGGGUCCUUUUUGAGCGUGGUUAUGAUCAGAAGCAACAGAAAGAAGGCUGCCAAAGCGAAGGCGGCUUUGAAGAAGAAGGCGUAA